CGCGUACAAGAUGCCGAGAACCUUGGCACAUUUAUAAGAUUAGCAGGAGCCAGAGUUCAGUUAACUACGGCGAAGGAUAGCCUGUCUGUCAUAGAUCAGGGAAUAGUGCACGGCGAUGGCAGCAGCUACAGAGUCAAAGCGAGUUGCGGUGGUGGGUGCCGGACCGGCAGGUCUGUGUGCCGCUAAACACUGCCGAGACGCGAGCUUUGACUGUACCGUGUUCGAGCAAUCCGGGUAUCUCGGUGGCACUUGGCGGUACACAGACUGUACACGCACUGACGAGUAUGGAGCUCCCAUCCACACGAGCAUGUACAGCAAUCUCAAAACUAAUUUGCCGAAAGAAGUUAUGAUGUUUCCCGGCAUACCAUACAAGAACGAAAAGGAUUCAUAUUUGACAUCAGAAGAAGUCUUGGAAUAUAUAAAUGAUUAUGCCGACAAAUUCCAACUUCGAAGUUUGUGCAAGUUCCAUCAUCUCGUCACGAAGAUCAGCCGGAGAGAAUCGGAAUGGGAAGUGACAGUAGAGGAUCUACAAAACAAGGCGUCUUGCACCUAUUAUUUUGAUAUUUUGUUCAUCUGUAACGGGGUAAACAAUACGCCUUUCACAGCCCACAUAGAGGGAGUGGAACACUUCAGGGGUUGUAGUAUGCACAGUCACGAGUACAGGAAGUCGGAGUCAUUUCUUGGCCAGCGGGUGCUUGUUGUAGGUGGCGGACCCUCGGGCAUGGACCUCACCGAGCAUAUAUCACGCUGUGCAGACAAGGUAUUCAUGUCACAUCACAGCAAGACUAUAAAGAACCUUCGCUUUCGAUCCAAUGUGGAGAUAAAACCCGAUGUCCGGCGUUUGUUGGAGCAUUCUGUAGAGUUCACAGAUGACUCGGUCGAGGACAUAGACACUUUGGUGUACUGCACAGGGUUCAGUAAGAACUAUAAAUUCCUGGACGAGUCAUGUGAGAUCACAGAGGACCAAGGACUCGUUUAUCCUCUGUAAAAGCAUUGCAUCAACGCCAACCAUCCUUCCAUGUGUGUCUUGGGAAACCUGGUGUACAGCAUGCAGUUUCCUACUUUUGACAUACAGGUUCGCUUCUUCAUGAAAACACUAUCCAACAACAUUUUGCCAGGACAUAAAGAGAUGUUAGAGGAUAUUAAAGAGAAUAUAGAUAGGAAGUUGGUGGACGGGGCUCCGAAGAAGGCUUUAUUUCGUACCUGGGCUGACGAGGACAGGAUCUACUUCAACCAGCUGGUGGAGUUGGCAGCGAUCGAACCUAUACCGAGAGUUCUACACGAGAUCCAUGCUGACGCCACUGUUAAUCUACUUCAAAACUUUGGUCAUUUUCA